UCGGAAUUGAGUUGACAUUCAAGUGACAUUCGGGAGGCCCUGUUCGGUUGCGAGAUUUUUAGAAUCGCCGGGAUUUUUUGGUAGAGAAACUGUUGCUUCGCCACCUAUCCACACGCAGUCCUACACGCCGUUGUUGGGUUCAAUCGCGGAAACGCCACCGUUGAAAGGCAGGACCCGCAGACAAUCCGCAGGAAGACGACCAACCACGAUCAACAAUCAUCCGCAUCAACUCAAGCGGCAGCGUUCAUCAUUCAACUUGUUUUGGCUAAUCUUCCAGGUAGUGCUUUGGGCUACGGCUCAUGGUUGUGGAAGAUCAGAAACUGCAAUAAACACAUUGGAAACGUCCUUCAACGAUUGCAUCCAUCCCUCCGCAGCGCAACGAAAGUGCAACAAUUAGAGCAGCACAGCGAUGCGUAGCCGAAGUAACUCGGGUGUCCGGUUGGACUACUAUCAGCGGAUCGUGCAUCGGUUGAUCAUGCGCCACCAGCAACCGGUAACGGGCCUGUUUCCUGCCAGCCCGCAAACACAGCACGCUUGGAUUCGCGACAACGUCUACUGCAUUCUGGCCGUGUGGGGCCUGUCGAUGGCGUACAAGAAGAUCGCCGACCAGGAUGAGGAUCGGGCGAAGGCGUACGAGCUGGAACAGUGCUGCGUGAAGCUAAUGCGUGGCCUGCUCAUGGCGAUGAUGAACCAGAAGGAGAAGGUGGAGCGAUUCAAAACAUCGCAGAACCCGCUCGACUCGCUGCACGCCAAGUACUCGAGCCGUAACGGUCAGAUAGUGGUAGGGGAUAGUGACUGGGGCCAUCUGCAAAUCGACGCCAUCUCGCUGUACUUGCUCAUCCUGGCACAGAUGACGGCGUCCGGGCUGCAGAUAGUAUUUUCUCUCGACGAAGUCGCCUUCAUCCAGAAUCUCGUCUUUUACAUCGAGUCCGCGUACUGCAUUCCCGACUAUGGCAUCUGGGAGCGCGGUGACAAAUCGAACCAUGGACAGCCGGAACUGAACGCGAGCUCCAUUGGUAUGGCAAAGGCGGCACUCGAGGCGAUGAACGAGCUCGAUCUGUUCGGGGCACGUGGCGGAUCCGGUUCCGUCAUUCACGUACUGGCGGACGAGGCCCACAAGUGUCAGGCGGUGCUGCAGUCGAUGCUGCCGCGCGAAUCCAACAGCAAGGAACUGGACGCCGGCCUGCUGUCUGUGGUGGGGUUCCCUGCAUUCGCCUGUGACGACCCGCAACUGAUAGAGGCAACGCAGGAGGCGAUCAUAACGCGGCUACAGGGCCGAUAUGGGUGUAAGCGGUUCCUGCGUGACGGCUACAAGACUCCUAAGGAAGAUAACACUCGGCUGUACUAUGAGCGGUGGGAGCUGCGCAUGUUCGAAAAGAUCGAGUGCGAGUGGCCCCUCUUCUUCUGCUACCUGAUUCUGAACAAGGCGUUCCAGAAUGACCGCCAGGCCGUAGUGGAGUACUCACAAAAGCUGGAGGACGUCCUGGUGAAGACGGAAGAGGGUAUGAAACUAGUGCCGGAGCUGUACGCAGUGCCAGAGGAGGGAGUUGCUGCCGAAUAUCUGGCGUCUGGCAGCCAGCAGCGCAUUGUAGUCGGCCGGUGUCCGUUCCUCUGGGGCCAGUCGCUCUACAUACUCGGCAAAUUACUGCAGGAAGGCUUCCUGGCGGUCGGUGAGCUGGAUCCGCUCAAUCGGCGGCUCGGUGCGCAGAAGAAACCGGAUGUCGUGGUGCAGGUAGUGAUUCUGGCAGAGGACAACGACAUUCGCGACAAGCUGGCGGAGCACGGUAUACAGGUGCAAACUAUAGCGGACGUGGCUCCGAUCGAAGUACAGCCAGCUCGAGUACUUAGCCACCUGUACACCUAUUUGGGGCGCAACAAGAAGCUCGGCCUGUCUGGACGCAAGUCCCGCGAUGUCGGCAUUCUUAGCACCAGCAAACUGUACUCGUUAAAGGAUCGCAUCUUUGCAUUCACACCGCAGAUAUUCGAUCAUGACGAGUACUACACAUCACGUGAUCCCGCCUUGCUGGCGAGCAAUUUCACGGACAUACUUGCAUUCCUGAGCUAUAGCUGGCGCCAUCUCCUCGGUCGGCCCACGAUCACACUCAUGGCCACCCAUUGGCUGCUAGAUAACAAUAAAGUUCCGUUGGCGAUGAUUCAAACGAUGAAAAAGCUUAAAUCGGGCUACAUCAGCGGGACCCGGGUGAUACUCGGCAAUCUGGGCGAUUUCAUCAACACUUCCGCUAUCACGGACCUUAGCUUUCUUGGCAGCCAGGAAGAUGGCUACCCGGACAAGUUGAAUCCGGCCGUUCAGGCUUACCUGGACGAACAUCUGUUGCGCUCGUUCAGUCACCGUGCAUCGACAACCUCCAUCCGGUCGUCCGGCUUGCGUCCGAAAAAUCUGCGCCGCCGAAUGUCGGUGAAGGGUGCCAUCAAGAAGACGCGUUCGAUUAAUGUUGAUUCCGAAACGCUCGGUAUGGAGGGUAAUGUUACGGAACGGCGU